AGAAAGAGGAGCCGGUCAAGUGUUUUCUCGGAGGAAGCACCUUUGUGUCUUAGAAAGCAGAGAGCGCGCAGCUCCUUGUAUGUCUCGGCAGCUGGGACGUUCGGACAACAAAAUGUCAGUCAAUAAUGCUUUUCAAAUGGCUAACAUUCCAUGGAGGAAUAACACUUUUACCAUGUCAAAUAAAGACCCAUCUUUCUCGGAUCAAGGGGAGACCAUUAUAGGAGUAUACCUGUUGGUGCUAGGUGGGUAUACAUUUAGAGAACUUGCUUAUGGAGUUGCUGGAAUGUAAUUUCGUUUUUAAAAUGCAGCUUUGCUUUUAUGAUGCAAAUACAUUAUUUAGUUUUGCUUUCAUGGCUAAAAAUCUGGAAAUAUGUCAUUAAUGGCUUGUUUACCACUACAUAAUUUCUCUAUUAUUUCCUAAACGUUAAGGUAAGAUGAAUGACAGUACUUAUUUACUAAUUUACAAAAUAUGUGAUUCAGAGUAGCCUACAUUAUCUUGUUCUUUUUUAACUCUACCAUGUGUUGAUAUCGCAGUAUACAACAAUUGGGUGAAGAGUUCGAUUGCACUGCAGAAUACAAAUUACCAAUGCCAGAAAGCUUUGUUAUUGCAGUUGUUAUACUACUGUCAGUGUAGUGUAUGGGCAACAGUUAGUGGAUUUGGUGCUAUAAGUAGCUCAGGACAAAUCUUCUCCAGGGAGAGAGGUGAAUCCUGCAGCCAUUAAGAUCCUGUCUAAGCCAUGGAAAUCGUCAAUCAAGAAAGGAUGGCAGUCAGCCAGACUUUCUUUAAGAGAGGGCAGAAAGACAUAUAAUUCCCUGUUAUUUGGUGCAAAUAUAUUUAAAAUGAUCCUGACUUUUGAAAUCAAUAGGGUUACUGUAAUUUUAGUUAGAGGAUAGGUAGGCUACUCAGUGCACCUACUAUUAUCUCUAAAGGAAAUUUCAUGAAGGAAGAUUUAUGCUCAUUUCAGCAUUUGAAUAUUUAGUGUUUGAAGAGAAGGUCAGUAGGUUAAAAUCACAGAUGAGGCACUUUGUCACCUCAAUGCUUCAUGCUGCUUUAUGAGCUGCAUUUUGAAUGGCUACAAUUCCAUUACUUUUCACAAAACUGAAGAGGCCUUUGCUCAUAGGUAGUGUGGGACACACUGGUAAUAGAUGGGGUGAGUUUCCCUCUAUGUAGUGCUUUUAGUGUCUGGAAAAUAGCUAUAUAAAGCCAAUCAGUUAGUAUGUCAAUGGGUUUUUUCCUCGUCAGGUUGGCUGUCGUGGUUCGGCAACAGUAUCGUGAUCUUUGUCCUGUACAAGCAGCGUGCGUCACUGCAGCCCACGGACUAUCUGACCUUUAACCUGGCCAUCUCCGACGCCAGUAUUUCCAUCUUUGGCUACUCCCGAGGGAUCCUGGAGAUCUUCAAUGUGUUCCGGGACAACGGAUACCUGGUUACCUCCAUCUGGACAUGCCAGGUAGGCAAUGAGGGGAUCUGGUUGGAGGGGGAAAAGUUGUUUUGUGAGAUGCUUCCAAUUUGUAUGCUUCAAAUUAGUAUUGUAUGUGAAUGGUACUGUGUUGCAUGUGUAGCAUGUGCCAUCCUACUGCAGGAUCCGAUACUAUACUUACUUACAGCAAUACUCACAAAACACAGACAUUACCGCUAUCCCAUCAAACAUGGCAUUAUUGGACAGGACUUUAGUAGUUCAGGUCUCCUGGAAGGUGACGUCACUGUGAGAUGCUAACUUCGCCAUCCUCUACACAAAUGUCAAACACACAACCAGGACAACUUACCUUUAUGAUUGCAGAUUUGCAAAAACAUUGCUCUAUGGCUUUGUUCCUAUUGACAGUUCUUUAUAAUUUCCAGCCAAUUGCCUAGUUAAGAAUAUCAACAGUCCACUCAGAAUGGAAGACUAAGUAAAUAUAACACAAUGGGCAAAGCAUAGAAAUGUGUUGCAACAGAUCAUUAUAUUCACUACACUACAAAGGUUCUUUGGGGGGAUGGUCCUUUCUAUUAUUAGCUUGGUGACGAAUAGAAUAUUAACAAUGGGUGCUCCGGACAGUUGAUAAUUAAUUCAAUAAAAGGUAGCGUGUUGGCAUAUUCAUCACAUUGAGUGAUGACGAUGAGUCACCUGGAAGAAGCGAGAUGGUGGUUUUACAAGGUGUCACAAAGGCAUUAUAUUGCUAACUACAGCACAGGAGAAAAGGUCUAUAGGCUUCACCUGAAGUAAUAUAAUUUUAACACUAUCUUAGGGGGGAAUAAGAAUGCUUUAGCCACAUCAACAGCCAAACAUAGAUGGAUGGUUAAGGUCUGGUACAUGCUUAUUGCAUUUGAUAAAGAGGAAGCGUGAUUUGCACAAGGGUCAAUAUCAAUAAGGUGUCCUGUAAUGUCUGUUUCCUUGUGUACGCGUGAUUAACGGGCAAUAUCCAUUACCUUGUUUUAUUGGGGUCUCUUCUUGAAAAUAUACAUUUUAGUUCAAGCCUAUCAAUCAAUUUACCAGAUGGGUUUUUGUUUUGGUGCACAGUGUGAGAAAAUGGCACCUAAAAAAAAAAACCGGAAUGCAAUGUCUGUGAAAUUACAAUGUAAUCCCUGUUUUAUUUGUAUCAAACUUGUUAACACAACAACAGUAUGUGUGUUUUAAUGUUAAUUACAGUUAUUUCCCCAAGCAGGUGUUGCUGCUUGUUUGGUACAAAUCGUAGUUGAAUAAUGUCCAACUAACACUGAACAAAAAUAUUUUCAUUAACUAUUGGCCAAUGCUAAAAACAACAGGAAAACAACUAAAUGAAAACUACUGUAUGAAAACAAACAAAGGAGAGAGUAACAGGGCAGAGAGAGAGAGAUGAGGAAAACAUAAAUAUGAGGAAGAGAGAAAGGAGAGUUUCUUCUGAGAAAGAAAAGUGGUGAAAGAAAAGUGGUUCACAGGUCAACAUUAUCCCUGAGGUCAGCAGACAUUGAAAGCUGGAUUAUAGAAUGUCUGGGUCAGAGUGAGGUCAGAGAGUAGUCAUUUACAUUUACAUCAUUUAGCAGACGCUCUUAUCCAGAGCGACUUACAAAUUGGUACAUUCAACUUAUGAUAGCCAGUGGGACAACCACUUUUUAUUUUAUUUUAUUUUUAUGGGGGGUGGGGGAGGGGAUGGUCAAAGAUGAGAUUGCGGACCAUAGGAUAAAAUCUAAGUUUAGACAUUUCUAACAUAUACUGUCCUAAUUUUUGUAAGAAAAGUGAAGAUAAUAUGAAAGAUUAAUCUCUCGUGAAAUUGUAUGACUUGACUUAAACCAUAUUUUUUUUAUAGACAAAAAUAUUUGAUAAAAUAUGUGAAAAGUCCGGACUGGGUUUAAUGGGUACUGAAUGUACCCUUUAAGCCCAUGGGUAUUCCAAAUAAGCCCACCUCUUAAAUAAUCCAUUUGAAUUAUUUCCUAAUGCUGAAAACGUACAAACUGACAUAUCUUAUGUUAACUUAAAUUAUAAUAAUCUCCCCCAACGUUAUUAAAAUCAACUGAUCAUUACUAUUCAUCAUGGAAGUAUCACUCAUAAAAGGGGGUGUCCAAUCAUAUCCGCAGAGAACAAUGUGGGCCCAGGCUUUUGUUCAUGCCAACCAGUACACACCUGAUUCGACUAAUCAACUAAUCAUAGACUUCAACCAAGACUUGAUAAAUUGAAUCAGUGUUACUGCUUGGUUAGGACAAAAACAUGCACCCUCACCGGCCUUCUGUGGAUAAGACGCCAUGCACAAAGACCAUAACACAAACAACUUUUAAAGAAUUAUCUAAAAGCUGGUUCACAUUUGCUGUACUCUUAUUCUUGUUCAUUAGUUCAACUUGUCUUCCUAAAGCCUGUCUGAAGACAGUUUAACAUCUCCCUCUCUACUGUUGUAUUACAAAGGUACACGUGCUGAACGAAACAACAGAAACACCUGGAUGAACGAGGGACAACCAUAUGACAAUGCCCCUGGCUCUAACUGCAUAAGUAGUCAUCCAAUAAUCAUCGUCUCGUCCCUCAUUUGUUUCCAUUUUUGUCCACUACUUUUAGGUCUUCCAUCCCUGAUUUCCUUCAACCCUGAUCUUAUUCUACUCUCUCUGCAUCAAUGACUACCUGUCCACUCCAAACGUCUUGCAGAGAGAGUACAGAGGCUUUUAAUUGUUCUUAAUUGUUUUUAAUCUUGUUAAACGCACCAUUGAUAGAUGCAUAAUAUGCAUAAAUGUAGUUUGAGCAUUUUAAUGAAAAUAAAUCUGAAGAAAAAUCAUUUAUGCUCAGGUUCAUUGAAUAUUAGGGAUAUCAACACACAAUCUCCAUGUGUUUCAAUGCAAACCGGGCUACUGGGCUUAAUUGGAACAACAGUGAUUUAUGGUAAAAAAAGACAGAAUAGCAAAGUUCAGUCAAACUAUUUGGAAACCAAUGGUUUUCGGGUAUAAAUAUACACUAUAGACUACAAUAUAAUGUGAUGUUAGUUUUGUUCAUAUUGAACAAUAUUAUUUAAUUUUCAUUUACAUUCUGUAUAGAGUGAGUGCUUUUUGUGCUACUGUACCCUUUAAACCCACCUGAGAUAAAUGUCAAAUUUACAAAAAAGGCAUCCAUGUAUAAAAAUGCAAGGUUCAUUUAACAGUAAAAUAAGACAAAAUGAAUUUAAAAAAUGUGAGCUGUGAGUGCUUAAGAUCUGUUAUAUUGUUGUGGUUCACCAAGUUAUGUUGCUACUGUAUUGACUGACAUUUGGUACGACUGCUAGCAUGAAAAACCCAUCUUUUCAAUUGGCAAGAAAUAGUAAUUAAUACCUACAGUGAGGGAAAAAAGUAUUUGAUCCCCUGCUGAUUUUGUACGUUUGCCCACUGACAAAGAAAUGAUCAGUCUAUAAUUUUAAUGGUAGGUUUAUUUGAACAGUGGGAGACAGAAUAACAACAAAAAAAUCCAGAAAAACGCAUGUCAAAAAUGUUAUAAAUUGAUUUGCAUUUUAAUGAGGGAAAUAAGUAUUUGACCCCCUCUCAAUCAGAAAGAUUUCUGGCUCCCAGGUGUCUUUUAUACAGGUAACGAGCUGAGAUUAGGAGCACACUCUUAAAGGGAGUGCUCCUAAUCUCAGUUUGUUACCUGUAUAAAAGACACCUGUCCACAGAAGUGAUCAAUCAAUCAGAUUCCAAACUCUCCACCAUGGCCAAGACCAAAGAGCUCUCCAAGGAUGUCAGGGAAAGAUUGUAGACCUACACAAGGCUGGAAUGGGCUAGGUCCAUCGCCAAACAGCUUGGUGAGAAGGUGACAACAGUUGGUGCGAUUAUUCGCAAAUGGAAGAAACACAAAAGAACUGUCAUUCUCCCUCGGCCUGGGGCUCUAUGCAAGAUCUCACCUCAUGGAGUUGCAAUGAUUAUGAGAACAGUGAGGAAUUAGCCCAGAACUACACAGGAGGAUCUUGUCAAUGAUCUCAAGGCAGCUGGGACCAUAGUCACCAAGAAAACAAUUGGUAACACACUACGCCGUGAAGGACUGAAUUCCUGCAGCGCCCGCAACGUCCCCCUGCUCAAGAAAGCAUAUAUACAGGGCCGUCUGAAGUUUGCCAAUGAACAUCUGAAUGAUUCAGAGGAGAACUGGGUGAAAGUGUUGUGGUCAGAUGAGACCAAAAUGGAGGUCUUUGGCAUCAACUCAACACGCCGUGUUUGGAGGAGGAGGAAUGCUGCCUAUGACCCCAAGAACACCAUCCCCACCGUCAAACAUGGAGGUGGAAACAUUAUGCUUUGGGGGUGUUUUUCUGCUAAGGGGAGAGGACAACUUCACCGCAUCAAAGGGACGAUGGACAGGGCCAUGUACCGUCAAAUCUUGGGUGAGAACCUCCUUCCCUCAGCCAGGACAUUGAAAAUGGGUCGUGGAUGGGUAUUCCAGCAUGACAAUGACCCAAAACACACGGCCAAGGCAACAAAGGAGUGGCUCAAGAGGAAGCACAUUAAGGUCCUGGAGUGGCCUAGCCAGUCUCCAGACCUUAAUCCCAUAGACAAUCUGUGGAGGGAGCUGAAGGUUCGAGUUGCCAAACGUCAGCCUUGAAACCUUAAUGACUUGGAGAAGAUCUGCAAAGAGGAGUGGGACAAAAUCCCUCCUGAGAUGUGUGCAAACCUGGUGGCCAACUACAAGAAAGGUCUGACCUCUGUGAUUGCCAACGAAAGUUUUGCCACCAAGUACUAAGUCAUGUUUUGCAGAGGGGUCAAAUACUUAUUUCCCUCAUUAAAAUGCAAAUCAAUUUAUAACAUUUUUGACAUGCAUUUUUCUGGAUUUUUUUGUUUUUAUUCUGUCUCUCACUGUUCAAAUAAACCUACCAUUAAAAUUAUAGACUGAUCAUGUCUUUGUCAGUGGGCAAACGUACAAAAUCAGCAGGGGAUCAAAUACUUUUUUCCCUCACUGUAUGUAGUAUGCUAUCAUGUGCAUAUAUCAACACAUGAAUCUCUUAAUUUUACAUUAAGUGUGAUCGCUUAUCUGAGAAGGUACAAAAAAUAUCUAAAAAAUGUGUUUAUCUGAGAGUCACCUCCACACCAAAGUUUUUUUGCAGCUUUGAAAUGGACCGCUAGUAGGAACUUACACAUAACUGUCAAUAACUUAAUAAUACAACAUCUGAUUGUUAUUUCCAAAACAGUUUUUAUUCUAAGACAAUCAGAUGAAUUGGUUGAAACAUUAAACAGCAGGAAAUGUUUUUUUAUAUUUUUUUAUCCAAAGAUGGAAGUGGGCUUCAUGGGAACGUGGGCUUAAUAGGUACGCUUACCCUAACAAGCAGCAAGUAAAAUGCAUGAUGGGACAUGAACUCUGACAUAUAACUACUUUCCAACCAGACCUGGGUUCAAAUACAUGUGUAUUUGAGUAUCUGGUAUUUAAAAUACUUUUUUUCUGUGUACUUGAGCUUAAAAAAAAUACACAGCCCAAAACAAGUACUUUUAUUGAAAUAUUUGAAUGGUUAUUCGUAAAAACCAAAUCUACCAAAUUGUAUUUGAGAGUAUUUUCAAAUACUUUCCAAGUGUAUUUCCAAAUACAUUAAAAUAUUAAACUACUUAAACUACUUUUCAAAUAAAAUAUAUCUGUAUACUUACUUUGAAUGUAUGUAAAAGGAAUUGAGAUAUUUGAAAAAGCAUUUGAACCCAGCAGGUCUGUUUCCGAUUACAGAGAAACCCCAUUUGCAGAAAAUGCUAUGUUGCUCGAAGCAUCCCACCAGGUGUUUUUCAAAUUAUGGUCCAAGGUUUUUCCUCCAAUAGACAUUUGAAUUGUCCUCCAAAGUGCAGUGGUGGAAAAAGUACUGAAUUGUCAUAGUUGAGUAAAAGUAAAGAUACCUUAACAGAAAAUGACUCAAGUAAAAGUGAAAGUUACCCAGUAAAAUACUACUUGAGUAAAAGUCUAAAAGUAUCUUGUUUUACAUGUACUUAAGUACAGUGGUAGAAAAAGUACUCAAUUGUCAUACUUGAGUAAAAGUACAAAGUAAAAGUAAAUGCUAUACAUCAAAUUCCUUAUAUUAAGCAAACCAGACGGCACAAAUGUUGUAUUAUUUUUAAUUACGGACAGACAGGGGCACACUCCAACACUCAGACAUAAUUUACAAACACAGUAUUUGUGUUUCGUGAGUCCACCAGAUCAAAGGCAGUAGGGAUGACAAAGCGUUAUAUUGAUAGGUGCCAUAAUUCUGUUGUGCUUGAGCAUUCUAAAUGUAACAAGUACUUUUAGGUGUCAGGGAAAAUGUAUGGAGUAAAAAGUACAUUAUUUUCUUUAGGAAUGUAGUGGAGUAAAAGUAAAAGUUGUCAAAAAUAUAAAUAGUAAAGUAAAGUACAGAUACCCCAAAAAACGACCUAAGUAGUUACUUAAAAGUAUUUUUACUUACGUACUUUACACCACUGCCAAAGUGUAUCUGACCGUGAGGCAAAAGUGAAUGGGGCUUGGAUGUAAAUAUAUUAGAUUAGAUUAAGUAAUCCGAUCAGUCAAAGUACAUUGGGUCCUGUCUCCACUAGGAAGACAAGUUAAUUCGGUAGAAGCUGUCAAUCUUGAUCAGACAUACUCACCACUGCUGACCAUAGCUGUAAUGGACUGAUCUUUAACUCCAUUCAAUAUACAGUUGAAGUCGGAAGUUUACAUACACCUUAGCCAAAUACAUUUAAACUCAGUUUUUCACAAUUCCUGACAUUUAAUCCUAGUAAAAGUUCCCUGUCUUAGGUCAGUUAGGAUCACCACUUUAAUUUAAGAAUGUGAAAUGUCAGAAUAAUAGUAGAGAGCUUUUAUUUCUUUCAUCACAUUCCCAGUGGGUCAGAAGUUUACAUGCAGUGGGGAAAAAAAGUAUUUAGUCAGCCACCAAUUGUGCAAGUUCUCCCACUUAAAAAGAUGAGAGAGGCCUGUAAUUUUCAUCAUAGGUACACGUCAACUAUGACAGACAAAUUGAGAAAAGAAAAUCCAGAAAAUCACAUUGUAGGAUUUUUAAUGAAUUUAUUUGCAAAUUAUGGUGGAAAAUAAGUAUUUGGUCAAUAAGAAACUUAACAAAAGUUUCUCAAUACUUUGUUAUAUACCCUUUGUUGGCAAUGACACAGGUCAAACGUUUUCUGUAAGUCUUCACAAGGUUUUCACACACUGUUGCUGGUAUUUUGGCCCAUUCCUCCAUGCAGAUCUCCUCUAGAGCAGUGAUGUUUUGGGGCUGUCGCUGGGCAACACGGACAUUCAACUCCCUCCAAAGAUUUUCUAUGCGGUUGAGAUCUGGAGACUGGCUAGGCCACUCCAGUAUUCAACAGCAGGAUACUUGUUUUCAACUUGAUCUUCUGAGUGAUUGCGGUCCUUCAACUUCUGCAAGAACAGUGGAUGUCUGUUUUUUCUACUGUUUUGUAUUUGUUUUGAGAUUCUCUUCCCUGCACCUUCCCCCUCUAAGCAUCACUAACGGUAUUGUUGGUCUUUCCCAGGUGGACGGCUUCUUCACCUUGGUCUUUGGCCUCAGCAGCAUCAAUACUUUGACUGUCAUCAGUGUCACAAGAUACAUCAAGGGAUGCCAUCCGAGUAAAGGUAAGGCACUGUGACACGACCUUUAACCUUUAAUCUUCUAUCUUCAUCUCAAUGAUUCCAAUAAAGUUGGAAGAAAAAUGCCCCUGUAGGCUAGAUGUUCUAGUCAGAGACACAAUGAUCUUGUGGGAGCCUUUCUUUUAACUUUCAACUCUUUUCCUUUACCUAGCUCACUGCAUAACCAACACAACCGUAGGAAUGUGCCUAAUAUUCAUCUGGUUGGGGGCUGUGUUCUGGUCGGGUGCGCCCCUUCUGGGCUGGGGGAGUUACACAGGUGAGAUAAACAUGGCUAGUAAUCAUGUGACAUACUAUUUUAUACAGGGGCACUUACUUCUGUUAGGAUCUUGUAAAAUUCUGGUUGGGCAACAUUUUCAAGAUUUGUAUGUGCACAAUGACGACAAAAAAAUAAUAGCACUAAAGCAAGUUGUUAUCUAAAACAUUUGCAGAAGACAAUCUUUAAACGAGAACUGACCAUAUUUUGACAUAUGUGGACCUUUUUUCACCCUGACUUUUUUAAGGGCCAUAAUAGAGGAAAUUCUUCUUAAAUUUUAAACAAUCUUCACCUGAACAAAUACAAAAAAAAUUCUAACAUACGCAAAAACGUUUUUACCUUCAUGUGUUUGUAUCUCAAUCUCCUCCUCCUUUUAGAUCGUGGAUACGGAACAUGUGAAAUCGACUGGGCCAAAGCCAACUACUCCACCGUCUACAAGUCCUACAUCAUCUCCAUCCUCAUCUUCUGCUUCUUCGUCCCCGUGCUGGUCAUGCUCUUCACCUACGUGUCCAUCAUCAACACAGUGAAGCGAGGCAACGCCAUGGCCGCUGAGGGAGACCUGACCGACAGGCAGAGGAAGACUGAAAGGGACGUCACCAUUGUGAGUAGGAUUCAAAUCAAAUCAACGUUUAUUGGUCACGUACACAUAUUUGCAGGGGUUACUAGCUCCAAGAGUGCAGUAAGAAUGUCUCGCAAAUACACUACAAAAAUCUAAACAAGAAAUCAAGACAUGACAGAGUGAGUCCAAUAAACAAUUCAGAGUAGAUAUAUUAGAGUGAGCAUGUGUCAGAAUCCAGAAAAUAAGAGAUGUACAAACAAUACUACAUAUAGACCAAGCGUUAAACGAUGGGUUAUGAUUUAACGGUCAUCCUAACUUUCGUUUUCUCCCAGAUAUCCAUUGUCAUCUGCACAGCCUUCAUCCUGGCGUGGUCGCCGUAUGCCGUGGUCUCCAUGUGGUCGGCCUGUGGCUUCCACGUACCCAGCCUCACCAGCAUCUUCACCCGCCUCUUUGCCAAGUCGGCCAGCUUCUACAACCCACUCAUCUACUUCGGACUCAGCUCCAAGUUCCGCAAGGACGUCGCCAUCUUGCUGCCCUGCACCGGCGAUGGCAAGGACACGGUCAAGCUCAAGCGUUUUAAGCCGAAAGGUGAGGGUCACCAGGGCUCCGGAAGAGGCAAUGGACUCAAAGCACCUCCUCAUCACCAGAAGAUGAAGGAGAUGAAGUAUGCCCCUGGAAAUCCGUAUCCGCUCACGGCGCUUAAGGCGGCCCCAAGCCCAGAUUCGGGAGUGGGGAGCCCCCCCUGUACUCCUCCUCCUCCCGCCAACAACGAGGUGUUCUUUAUCAACGUGCCCCAUCUGUCUGAUGGGCCA